AUGCAGGAUGAUGAAGAACUUGACGACCCGGACUGGGAUGAGCAUAGUGCGGACUCAUCUGAUGAUGAAGACGAAGACACUGACAAUACACCUGGGCACCAACAAGAGCCGAGUGAUCCACCGCACAAGAUUCGCACAUGCAACUUCAAGGACAUAGAAGCAGAAUAUGUAUGA